CAUGUCUUAAAAACGUCCAGUCCCUCUUUGUACAACCUUUUACUUUUCCACUCCCUAAACCCUCAUUGAUUUUCUUGUCUAUUCUCCGCGAUACUACACUACAAUGGCGCCCGCGACCAUCACGAUCGAUAACAGCGACGACUUUGUCAUGCCUGUCACAAAGUCUGCCCAGACUACAUCGCCACCCAAGCGAACGCUUCUGUUGGCACCUCCCUCUCUCGCUGCCAACUCGGACGCCCUGUCAACCGUCCUCGCAGACUAUGAUCGCUCCGUUACCGACCUCCAGAUGCUUGACCGUCUAUCCGUGGGAUUGGUCACCCUGCCAUCUUCCACCUACGACCUCGUCCUCAUCCUUUCCGAUGCGUCUUCCAAGUUGGACGAGUCCCUCACCUUGAUGAACCGAACCGUUCUGGGCCCAGUUGCCGAAUCUUUGAAGCCCAGCGGCCGUCUACAGUCUCAAAAUGGAAACAGUUUGGAGGAGGCAAGUUUGUCAAAGGAGGCAGUCCUGGCUGGCCUUGUGUCGUCGCAUGGCGGCUUUGAGAAGCCCGAUUACGGCGACAAUGAUGGAGCUGUUACAUUGAAGUUCGGUAAGAAGAAGGCCCAGCCCGCUCCUUUGGCAGAUGGCUCUGUUCCUCUCAACCAUAAGAGGAAGCCUGUGGAGGCCACUCCCAAGCCUAUAGUUCCCGCCGGCGUCGGUUUCAUUGAUCUGGAAGACGACCUCGACGACGAUGAUCUCAUUGACGAGGAUACUCUCAUGACUGAGGAGGAUCUCGCCCGUCCCAUCGAUAUCCCUGCCGAAUGUCUACCAAAGGCUGGUAAGCGUCGUCGUGCAUGCAAGGACUGCACUUGCGGUCUUGCCGAACGUCUUGCCGCUGAAGACGCCGACAAGCGUGCCACAGCCGACAAGCAACUCGAGAGCAUCAAGCUUGCAACUGAUGACCUGGCCGAGAUCGACUUUACAGUGCAGGGCAAGGUUGGCUCGUGUGGCAACUGCUCACUUGGCGACGCUUUCCGAUGCGAUGGUUGUCCUUAUAUCGGCCUUCCACCCUUCAAGCCAGGUGAAGAGGUCCGGUUGCUCAACAACGAUGUGCAACUGUAAAUUGGUUCACUUUCUUUUCCAGGGACGAAGGCGCAGCACUGCAGGCGUACACAAAAAAUUUACUGGUUGGCUUGGUUGUUUCGGGGAUAUCGGACAGUAUACAAAGGCUUCAACAUCACAAAGCCAGGGAGCAAAUGGGAGGGGUUACACGGAGCGCUCUUGAUCUAGACACGGAGUUGUUGGCGUAGUAUUGGACCAACUUAGAUGACGAUAAAGAAUUGAUUUUAUUUCAUGAUUAACCAAAACAAACGCCAAAACUUCCCAAGCGUGAAAUACCGGAACCACCCUAUGCAAAAAAUAAACAGAAACCUAAACGCCAAUCAAGGAUAUACACUUGUGGCGAAGCGUUCUGGGCAACAUCAAGACUAAGUUAAGUGCAUGUCAUAUCCCGGUCGUAUCUAUUCAGCGUACUUGGUGACAAACUUCUCGCUACCGUCUUGGUUCUUUGGAAAUCUCGCGCUUGUGCUGGUGCCCGGCGUUGUCACAUGCAAGUCAUCAAGUUCACUUUCAUCGAAAGCGGCGGUCUCAAGAUCGCCAGGCUGCGACUUUGCUCGGUGUCCAGUAGAGCGUCGGGAAAGAUCGUGAUCAGCGAGAACAGAGUACGCAGCACCCUUACGACGUUCGCGCCAGAUCCAGUAUCCCCAAGCAACGGCACCAAUGACGACAAUGACCAAAACAAUCUCACCAGACUUGUAAUAAGCUGCCCACUUGGCUUCAUCCAGUUGCUUCUGAUGUUCAUCUUCAGCAGCAUUCUGAGUGCUGUUCUUGGCACUGCCAACAGUGGUUUUGGGCCCCUUUUCGCCAUCAAUGCGGCUAUCAGCCGGAUCGCCACCAACACUGCUGAUAUCCACACCCAUGAAACGGUCCAGCAUAUCUCGGCUUCGGCGCGGGAGGUCAAAGGGAACCAUGUGCGAUGAGUUGUAGACCAGGACGUAGGUCAGGUUUCGGGCCUCUUGCCAGAAACCAGCCGUCUCACCCUCAAAGUCCCAGUCGCGGCGAGGAGCCCAGUUGCCGGGUGUGACCUCGAAACCCUUUCCGCCGUUCCAUUCCAUCUUGUUAAUCAUGUUUUCGGUUCCGACGUGGUUGCAGAUGAGAUCUUCAGCUCCAGAAAAGAGCAUGAUAGGAACUUCUUUGAGAAGAUUGGGCAGGAGCUCGACAGAGG